UGUUGUUUCUUUUUUUUUUUUUUUUUUUUUUUUUUUUUUUUUUUUUUUUUUUUUUUUUAUUUUUUCUUUUUUUUUUUUGUUUUUUUUUUUUUUUUUUUUUUCUUUUCUUUUUUUUUUUUUUUUUAUUCUUUUUUUUUUUUUGUAUUUUUUUUUUUUAUUUUUUUUUUUUUUUUUUUUUUUUUUUUUUUUGUUUUUUUUUUUUUU